AUGCGACGGCAUCCUCAGGGCGCGCAAGGUCACCAACACGUCGGCGCGACGCAUUCGAUUGAUCGGGGAGGGUCUCCUGAAGCGUUUUCCAUUUCGUCGGUGCGCUUUUUAGCCAUGUUCUUGUUGCUGGCUGUGUUCGUUUCAUUACUCGUGCUCUACGGUAGUGUUGGGCGGACCUUCCUCCUCCUCAAAUCGCGCGCGACUCCUUUUCUGGGGAGGCCGUCCUUCGACAUGUGCUCCUCGGUCUGGCUGCUGCCAGCUUUACGCUCGAACCUCGACAAGCCUUGGUUCCAUGCUCUUUAA